GGUCGGUGUUCGGGGUAAGAACAUAGUAGUCCUCGGCGUGGAGAAGAAGUCCAUUGCCAAACUACAGGAACCCAGGACAGUUCGCAAGAUCUGCAAGAUCGAUGAACAUAUCUGCGUUGCAUUUGCUGGGCUUACCGCGGACGGGCGAGUACUCGUGAACAAAGCCCGCGUGGAAUGCCAAAGUCACAGAUUAACGGUCGACGACCCUGUCACAACGGAAUACAUCACCCGCUAUAUCGCUGGUGUUCAACAGAAAUAUACUCAAAGCGGUGGGGUGCGGCCAUUUGGUGUGUCGACACUGGUUAUCGGAUUCGAUCCAGAUGGCACGCCCAACUUGUACCAAACGGAGCCCUCUGGAAACUUCUCUGCGUGGAAGGCAAACGCCAUUGGCCCAGCUUCGACCACCAUCCGAGAAUACUUUGAGAAGAACUACGAGGAAACCGAUACAGAUUCUGAUGAAGAAACCGUAAAGCUGGCUAUCAAGGCUUUGUUAGAGGUUGUACAAUCCGGCGGAAAGAACAUAGAAAUUGCCGUAUUGAAGAAUAAGACUCCUCUCGAGAUUUAUGCUCCGGAGAAGGUGGAGGAACUAGUCAAGAUUGUGACUGAUGAGAAAGCGGCUGAGGAAGAGAAGAAAAAGAAGAGCAAGAAGCCAUCAUCCGAUUGAAAUAUAAGCACCCCGAAACGCAGCGAAUAAAGAAUAGUGAAGUGUAUAAUGUGCA